CCCGAAGAUGGCACGCAAACAAAACAAAAAAACAAGAUGACUUGAUCUCGAUCUCUCAAGCGACAGCGAUUGGAAAACGCUUCCAAGCAGAACGGGAAACAAUGGCUGGCCACGCGCCCAUAAUAGGGCAAGGCAAGACAGUGACAUCUCGUCGAAUCGGCAUCAUCUCUUUGCGUCUCCACGGCUACCUUUUCUCUUUCUUACCGGCACCACUCUCCUGCCCACCGAUCCAUCGACUAUGCUUCGCACUACAAGGCAUCAAAGUAUAUACAGUAUAUAUGGUACAUAGUAUAAGCAGUAACCCGUCCUGGUUUGCCUCUGGAAACGCCUUUUGUACGUGUGCUUUGUUGCCACAUUAUAUAUCUGCCAGUAGGGUCCGUCACUUUCCCACUUUCCUGCUACACCAUAACCCCACUGCUCCCGUCCUCUCCUCCGGCCAUCCAUCCAUGGCGACGAGGAGCCGCGCUUCCAUGGCCGCCGCGUUCAUCGCGCUGCUCGCCGUGGCCGCGCUCCGGUGCGCGCCGGCGGCGGCCGAGCUGGAGCGGGUGGAGCACCCGGCCAAGAACGACGGGUCGCUGAGCCUGCUCGUCAUCGGCGACUGGGGCCGGAAGGGCACCUACAACCAGUCCAGGGUCGCCGAGCAGAUGGGGAAGGUUGGCGAGAAGCUGGACAUCGACUUCGUCGUCUCCACAGGAGACAACUUCUACGACAACGGGCUCACGGGCGUCAACGACCAGCAGUUCGAAGAAUCCUUCACCAACAUCUACACCGCCGAGAGCCUCAAGAAGCCGUGGUACCUCGUGCUAGGAAACCAUGACUACCGGGGCGAUGCUGUAGCACAGCUUAACCCGGUCUUCAACAAGAUCGACAGCCGGUUUAUUUGCAAGAGAUCCUUCAUCGUUAACGCAGAGAUUGUGGAUUUCUUCUUCAUCGACACAACUCCAUUUCAACUCAAGUACUGGACUCACCCCAAAGACGACCACUAUGACUGGAGAGGAGUGGCGCCGAGAGGAAAAUACAUAGAUAAUCUGCUCAAGGAUUUGGACGAGGCAAUGAAGAAAUCAACUGCAAAGUGGAAGAUUGCUAUUGGGCACCAUACCAUGAGGAGUGUCAGUGACCAUGGGGAGACCAAGGAGCUCCUACAAUUACUUCUUCCGGUCCUUAAGGACAACAGCAUCGACUUCUACAUCAAUGGGCACGAUCAUUGCCUGGAACACAUUAGCAGUAGAGACAGCCCACUCCAGUACUUCACCAGUGGAGGCGGUUCGAAAGCAUGGAGAGGAGUCUUUCAGCCAACUGAUGAUAAGCUCCAGUUCUUUUACGAUGGGCAAGGGUUCAUGUCCCUCCAGCUAAACCAGGACCAAGCUGAUUUCAUCUUUUAUGAUGUCUUUGGGAACAUCUUGUAUAGCUGGAGCUCAAGCAAAACAAACUACCUGCAGCCCUCCAUCCAUGUUACUGAAGAAUGAGGGAAAUGCAGACCACGGCAGGAUAAUCAGCUCGGUAGCACUAUUUGUAAGAGAAAUUGAAUGUGCUGAUGUGAUAAGUGGUAAAGGAAAUAGAUUGGCAUUGUGUGGCUCAUUGAUGGAAUAUUAGAUUGGCUGUGAAUUUUCUAAAAUAUGAGCAGACAUGUUCAGCAUGGUA